AUGUCCACCCGCCACCUCACUCCAGCCAAUAGCAAGUUGCCACGUCGCCUUCCCCGCCGCCUCAGCCAACCGGUGCGCGCCACCUCACCCCGCCUCUCUCUCCUCCUCCGCCGCCGGCCCGCGCGGCCCGCAGCCGGCCCGCGGGGCCCGUCCACCGCCGCCGCUGGCCCGAGCGCCCGGCUCCCGCGCGCCGACGCCGCCGCCUCCGCGCCGGCGCUGCCGUGCUCCCCGCCGCCACGCGCUCCUGCGGCGGCCAUCGCCCUCGCCGCCGCCUCCCGCUCGCCGCCACACCGCCCCAGCCGUCGCCGUGCCGCCCUGCGCGCCGCCCCGCGCCAUGGCCGCCGCCCCUCGGCUCCCGCUCGCCCGCCGGCGUGCCCGCGCCUCCUCCCGACGCCUCCCGCGCCGCCGCGGCUCCCCGCCGCCCUGCUCCUCCCGCCGGCGACCGGAGCCACCGCGCCAUCCGCCGCCGCCGCCAUCGCGGGCCCUCGCCGGCGUCGCCUCCACCCGCCGAGCCCCGAGCUCCUCCGGCGCCGCGCGCCGCCCGCCGGCGACCUCCCACCGCGGCCCCACCGUCCCCGGCCGGCGCCGCCCCCCCCAGCGCCGCCCGGCCGCGCCUCUCCUUCAUCCGCCGGCGCAGCCCCGAGCCCCUCCGGCGAACUUCCUCCAUCCCCGAUCUGGAUCUGA